UUUUGCGUCUUCUCAAUCUCAUUAUCGAUCUACAAUGGCCGGAGCUCAUAUUUCACUUUCGAAAAUUAAUCUCAGCCGUCCAUCUACCUUUGCAGCCUCAUCAGCUUACGGUAGACGCCCAAUCAUCGCUAGUGUGACCCAAAACCUAUCUUACUUGGAUUCCAUACAUUACGAUAUCGACUCCAACCUGAAAAAGGCCAUACCAAGCCAUGGGCCCAUAUCCGUCCUCGAGCCAAUGCACCACUUGACAUUCACACCACCCAAAAGCAAUGCAUCCGCUUUGUGCAUCGCUGCUUGUGAGCUAGUUGGUGGCGACCGAGAUGAUGCUAUUGUGGCAGCGUCAUCAAUUCACCUUAUGCAUGCAGCUAUACACUCACGUGAGCAUCUGUUAUUAACUGGCCGAGUUAAGACCAAGCUAGAACCUGAACCCAAAAUCCCAUACAAGUUUGGCUCAGAUAUCGAGCUUCUCACUGGUAAUGGAAUAAUGUCAUUUGGGUUCGAGUUGCUAGCAGGGUCUAAAAACCUGACAAGUAAAAAUUCUAAUAAAAUAUUAAGAGUUAUUAUAGAGAUCACCCGAGCAAUAGGUAGUCAAGGGAUGGUCCAUGAUCAAGAUUACGAAACCGAAUAUGACCAACCACCAUCACGACAACUACAUGGAUGUGGGGCCAUGUGUGGAGCCAUAUUGGGAGGUGGGAAUGAAGAGGAAAUUGAGAGGUUGAAAAGAUAUGGAGUAUAUGUUGGUAAGAUACAAGGGUUGUUAAGUGGAAUUGGACGAAAUGAUGGGGGUAAGAUGCAAUUGGCUAAAAAAUGGAGGGCUUUAGCGAUGAAAGAGUUGGAAUAUUUUGAUAGUGAAAAGGUUGAACAUAUAAUAUCCAGCUUUGUAAAAUUUCAUUAUUAACAUUAGAAAUCAUGCAUAACCUUUAAGCAUAACACAAUAGAUCAAAAGUUCAUAAUAUGAUAAUAAUGUAAGAGUAUAGUUUUCUUUUUAAUAAGGUAUAUAUUUUCUUUUUUAUAUUUUAUUUUAUGAUCACUGGCAGAUGUAAAUUGUUUUUUCACGGGUUCAGGCCUAGAAAUAUCUAUGAAUUUUUUACCGAGGUAGGCCAAGAGUUAUUAUCUACGGAAAAUGGACGGGUUAUGUAGUGCCGUAGACAGAGAAUGCAUUUGUAAAGAAGUUCAUUUAUGAUCUCUCAUGACUGUACGUUAUUA